GUUUGGAAAGUGCACAGGAUGGUUCCAGAAAAGAAGGAUGAACUUGUCUUCUUUGUAAAUGGCAAGAAGGUGGUGGAAAGAGACGUGGAUCCAGAAACUACUUUGCUAACCUACCUUCGAAGGAAAUUGGGCCUAUGUGGAACCAAGCUGGGCUGUGGAGAAGGUGGAUGUGGUGCCUGCACUGUUAUGAUUUCCAAGUUUGACAGCUUUCAAAAGAAAAUCAUACACUAUACUGCAAAUGCGUGUUUAUUCCCCAUAUGUGCUCUCCACCGUUCAGCAGUAACUACUGUUGAAGGCAUAGGAAGCACGAAGACAAGACUGCAUCCAGUACAGGAAAGAAUAGCAAAAAGCCAUGGAUCACAGUGUGGUUUUUGCACCCCUGGCAUCGUCAUGUCCAUGUACACACUGCUUCGCAAUCACCCUGCGCCUAAAAUGGAGGAGAUUGAAGAUGCUUUCCAAGGAAACCUUUGCCGCUGUACAGGAUACAGGCCUAUUCUGGAGGGGUACAGGACAUUUGCAAAGGAUGGCGGAUGCUGUGGAGGAAAAGUAAAUGACUUUGGUUGCUGUAUGGCUGGAAAGGAAAAUAAAGUGUUGGGCCAGGGCUGCUGUGGGAAAAAGGCCAAUGGCGCAGGGUGCUGCAUGGAUGGAAAAGAUGACCACGGCUUGAUAACCUCAAACUUGUUCAAUCCAUCUGAAUUCCAGCCUUUGGAUCCCACACAAGAGCCUAUAUUCCCACCAGAGUUAUUGACACAAAACAAUAAACCGCAAAAGCAGCUGUGCUUCAAAGGUGAACGUGUGAUGUGGUUUCAGCCCUCAACCCUCAGGGAACUGGUGGCUCUCAAAGCUCAAUACCCAUCGGCCAAGCUUGUGGUUGGGAACACAGAAGUGGGUAUUGAAAUGAGGUUAAAGAACAUGCUGUACCCUGUGAUAAUUGCACCAACCUGGAUCCCGGAAAUGAACUCUGUUCAACAUACAAACGAAGGAAUAAGCUUUGGUGCCUCCUGCACGCUGAGACGCAUGGAAGAGGUUCUGCAGAAAGCUGUAGCUGAGCUUCCUCGUUAUAAGUCGGAGGUGUUCCAGGCUGUCCUAGAACAACUGAGAUGGUUUGCAGGACCUCAGAUCCGAAAUGUUGCUGCUGUUGGGGGAAAUAUAAUGACUGCAAGUCCGAUAUCUGACCUAAAUCCAGUGUUCAUGGCAAGUGGCAGCAAGCUGACUUUGGAGUCAAAUGAGGGCAGCAGGACUAUAAAGAUGGACGAAACGUUCUUUACUAGCUAUAGAAAGACUAUACUAAAGCCUCAAGAAAUACUGGUCUCAAUUGAGAUUCCAUUCAGCAGGAAGGGCGAAUAUUUCUCAGCAUUUAAGCAAGCUUCACGGCGGGAGGAUGACAUUGCCAUUGUGACCUGCGGGUUGAGGGUCCUGUUUCAAGAGGGGACGGAUCGAGUAAAAGAGAUCAAGCUGAGCUAUGGAGGAAUGGCUCCCACCACUGUACUGGCUGUAAAGACGUGUCAGGAGCUUGUUGGGAGGGAGUGGAAAGAAAAUCUUCUGCAGGAAGCCUGCCACAGACUGGCGGGUGAGAUGAACCUGUCCCCCUCAGCUCCGGGCGGCAUGGUGGACUUCCGGCGGACUCUUGUGCUCAGCUUCUUCUUCAAGUUCUAUCUCACCGUGCUUCAGAAAUUACACUCAGAACUCAGUGAGAAUAACAAUCUAGGUGACAUGGUCCCCUCGAGCUACGCCAGUGCCACUGAGUUAUUUCGCAAAGAUCCCAUCAAUAACGUACAGCUGUUCCAAGAAGUGCCUCCUGGGCAGUCUGUUGAAGACACUGUCGGACGACCUCUGGUGCACCUCUCAGCUGGCAAACAGGCGAGCGGGGAGGCCGUCUACUGUGAUGACAUUCCUCACUAUGAGAAUGAGCUGUACUUAACGCUGGUCACCAGCACCAAAGCCCAUGCUAAGAUUGUUUCUAUUGAUGCCACUGAGGCCCAGAAGGUACCUGGCUUUGUGUGUUUUGUCUCUGCCGAGGAUGUUCCAGGGAGCAACGUCACGGGGAUUGCCAAUGAUGAAACUGUCUUUGCAAAGGACACCGCCACCUGUGUCGGCCACAUAAUUGGUGGGGUGCUGGCAGACACACAAGAACAUUCCCGAAGAGCCGCAAGAGCAGUGAAGAUCACAUACGAAGAUCUUCCACCUAUUGUCACCAUUCAGGAGGCUAUUGAGAAACAGUCUUUCUUUGAGACUGAUAGGACAAUUGUGAAAGGAAACAUCGAGAAAGGAUUUCAAGAGGCUGAUCAUAUUGUAGAAGGGGAGAUGUACCUUGGUGGCCAGGAGCACUUUUAUCUGGAGACUCAUUGUACUAUCGCUGUGCCAAAAGGAGAAGAUGGAGAAAUGGAGCUCUUUGUAUCUACCCAGAAUCUAACAAAGACACAAGAAUUUGUUGCCAAAGCCUUAGGGGUCCCAUCCAAUAGAAUCGUCGUCCGAGUGAAGAGAAUGGGUGGAGGAUUUGGAGGAAAAGAGACAAGAAACACAAUUGUAUCCACAGCUGUAGCAGUGGCUGCGGUCAAGGUUGGUUGCCCAGUACGGUGCAUGCUGGAUCGAGAUGAAGAUAUGCUGAUUUCUGGUGGAAGACAUCCCUUUCUGGGGCAGUAUAAGGUUGGCUUCAAGAAGAAUGGAAGGAUUACUAGUCUUGAUGUGACAUAUUAUAGCAAUGGAGGGAACUCAGUUGAUCUUUCUCAUGGAGUCAUGGACAGAGCAGUGCUGCACAUGGACAAUACAUACAACAUCCCAAACCUCAGAGGCACAGGCAUAGUCUGUAAGACUAACUUGUCCUCCAACACAGCAUUCCGUGGGUUUGGGGGUCCCCAGGGGAUGAUGAUUGCCGAGUGCUGGAUGAGUGACAUUGCCUUGAAGUGUGGGCUGCCAGCAGAAGAGGUACGAAAGCUCAAUCUAUAUAAUGAAGGAGAUCUGACUCAUUUUGAUCAAAAGCUAGAAGGCUUCACAGUGCCCAGAUGCUUGGAAGAAUGCCUCAGAAAUUCAGACUAUCAUUCCAGAAGGAAACUCAUUGAUGAGUUUAACAAGCAGAAUCGCUGGAAGAAGAGAGGCAUGGCCAUAAUUCCAACCAAGUUUGGCAUCAGCUUCACCGUUCCCUUUCUCAAUCAGGCUGGUGCACUGGUACACGUGUACACAGAUGGUUCUGUGUUGCUCACACAUGGUGGGACCGAGAUGGGUCAGGGCCUACACACCAAGAUGAUCCAGGUUGCCAGCAGGGCUCUGGCGAUACCCACCUCCAAGAUCCACAUCAGUGAGACAAGCACCAACACCGUGCCAAACGCAUCUCCAACAGCUGCCUCCGUCAGUUCUGAUAUCAAUGGGAUGGCUGUUUUAAAUGCUUGUCAGACGAUCUUAAAGAGAUUGGAACCAAUGAAAUCUGCUAACCCAAAAGGAUCCUGGGAAGACUGGGUGUUAGCAGCCUACCAUAACUGUGUGAGCCUCUCCGCUACAGGAUUUUAUAGAAUUCCUGACGUUGGAUAUGACUUCAAGACAAAUACAGGGACGCCCUUUUGUUACUUCACUUAUGGUGUUGCCUGUUCUGAGGUUGAGAUAGAUUGCCUGACAGGUGACCACAAGAACCUCCGAACAGACAUUGUGAUGGACGUUGGUACCAGCUUGAACCCAGCUAUAGAUAUAGGGCAGAUAGAAGGAGCAUUUGUCCAAGGAAUUGGGCUAUUUACUCUAGAGGAGCUGCGCUAUUCCCCAGAAGGCAACUUAUACACCCGAGGGCCAGGAAUGUACAAAAUCCCUGCAUUUGGAGACAUACCAACAGAGUUCUAUGUUUCUCUUCUCCGGGACUGUCCAAAUAGAAAAGCCAUUUAUUCAUCCAAGGCUGUGGGUGAGCCCCCCUUGUUCCUGUCAGCCUCCGUCUUUUAUGCCAUCAAGGAUGCAAUUGUCUCUGCCAGGGAAGAGUCAGGGUUAAAAGGGCCAUUCCGACUGGACAGCCCAGCCACCCCAGAGAGAAUUCGCAAUGCUUGCGUUGAUGUCUUCACCAAACUGUGUCCAUCUGCUGAGCCAGGCACCUUCAAACCAUGGUCUGUGAGAGUAUGAAUGACUUGAUAUCUAGAAUCCAUGUCAGCUGGUUCAGCUGGUUUCAUCAUGAGGGACCAAAAAGACUCACUGCUGCAAACAGAUCCCCAUUCUUGUUUUUGCCCUGCUGAUCCAUGGACCCUUGUACUUCAAUUGCUACAUCAUCGGUUGCCUAAGAAAAGGGUUAUUGCUGAUGGAUUACUGCUGGGACUUAAUGAAGAAGGGGAAAAAUGAUGGUUUUGCAAUCUGUGAAACAGAAACUGUGAUGAAGUUCAUUUAAGCUUCAGGCGAAGGUCAGAGAAAUACUUAAGCCUGUUUGUGAAUGUGUUCACUUCUGAAGUGUAAUUGUGACUUUCAGAGAAAUCCUAAUUUAACAGCUUUUGAUGCAGCCAAUUCUUCUUCUGUUUCCUCCCUGGUAUUUUGGAUGGAUAAUCGCUAACAACAGUGAGGGCAGGUCCCUGUUGCACUCUUCCCACGUUCAUGGGAAAACCAUUAACAUCUCAUGAACAGGCUCUUACCUCUGCUCCUGCCUUUGUUUUUUCUUCCUUUGGUAAAUUGAGGAUCUCAAGUAGAUUAGGAUAAAAUGCACAAUGGUUGGUUACUGUCUUGACCCUGAAUGUAUUUACUUGAAAGUAAGACACAUUGAUUUCAAUGCAAUUUACUCAAGGGUAAGUGUGCUUGAAUCUGAAGUAUAAGACUCCAUGAGUAUACUCAGUUUCCUGGAAGUAAGCACCCAAUUCAAUGGGACUUAUUUUUGAGUAGAUAUGUCUAAUAUUGCACUGCAAGAGACUUGUGAACAAUCCCAUGAACUUCCUAGAGAGCUUUAGCUAUGAUAGGUGUUGAUAAGUCAUGGAAAGUCCAUUUUUCUUGCAUCUUAUGGUGCUUCCCCCCUCCCCAACUGGUUUUUCUGAAAGGAGGCUAGCUGAGGAUGGUGGGUUUUAUGCACAUUAGAAAGCUGGUGGUGACUCCCUAUGAAGUGCUGUCAUCCCCUCCUUUGCGGUACAGAGAAGGUCAGAUGAACGCUCCAUUGAAUGUAUAUUAGUUUAGAUGUGUCUUACAUUCUCUCUGUCCUAUCAUGUGUGUGGAGCAGCCGUAGAAGUCCAUUGACUCGCUAUUUACACGACUCCUAGAGUGACUACUGUAGCUUUUCAUAGCAUCCAGGAUUAAAAUCAAUAAGCUCAGGUGCGCUGCAGAGCAGUGUAUGGCUAUUUCUCAAACGUAUUGUAGGAAGAGCUAUUGCCAUGUUUAAAUGAUAAAAGAAAUGCCCUAAAAUGAUGGAGCAAUGAGGAGAGCCCUGGACAAUUCUUUUCUAAAGAUGCAUCAGUUCACAAGAACAGUAAAGAUGUUGGAAUAAAAAUUGGCUAACCAUGUAAGUUCCUUUGCCCAGCCUACACUCCAUGUCCCCAGGCCAAACCAUAUUGCACUCCUUGUGCUAUAUACUUCCUAUGUACAAAGAAGAACAAGUAAUUAAAUGUAAAUUCAGGUUCUGAUUUUGCCUUGUGCCCUUGAGAUAGGAUACCUUGUUGACAUCAGGCAUGCAAUAUGGAAACAGGGUGCAUACCUUCUAGGACACAGACACAGUCAACGUUCAUUGAUUUUGGCAUUUCCACAGUGUAAGAAAAGAGCCUGAAAAAGGUGGAUAGGGAUGGAUGUGAGACAAGGCAAUAUUGGUUUGGAUUUAGAGUGAGACAUACUUAGAGUAGACCCAGUAAAAUCAAUGGAAAUUAUGUUAGUCCUGUCUAGUUUAGGGCCUAUUGAUUUCAAUGGUUCUGUAUUUACAAUCCCUGGUUUGUCUAAUGAUCUGUUUAAUAUGUGGGCUGUGCAAUCCAGUGUGACUGCUUAUAACCCUCCUAAAUUGGAGGAUUAUGAACACCCAGUGGAGGGUGGGAGAAGUGCACCUGACAACCAGGUUUGGCCAUGUCAAGCUUCUGGCCAUAUGCCCCAGGUGAGGAGGCUGAGUGCCACCUCAACAGCCUCUCUCCUCACCUGACCCCUUGGAGUGCCCCCAGGCUUCCAUAUCUGAGGUCUAUCUUCCAACCUUGUAGCUCGUGUGGAAUGGGUGGAAAGAGGGUGCUCUGAAGGCAGUGGGGGGCACUCCAAGGUUGGAGACCCAGUUCUGAAUUUGGAUCAUACUUCUGAGGUCUGGGCUGGGGUUCUGACUUCUCCUAUGGAUGUCUAGUGGAAUCUAGGGAAUUAGUGGUACUGUUUAAUAGUAGGGUGGUAUUACUUGUUGCUACUGUUUGUUAUUAAAAUGAAAGUUGGUCCUCGAA